AGAUUGUGGAAGAACAGGGUUCAGGGUUCAAAACCCUGAGAGAGAAGAUGAUAUCAGCAAUUCAAAACCCUAGAAUUCAGUUUCUAUUCCAAUGCCGAUAUCAGUUCAAUUUCCCGCCAAAAACUCGACAUUUUCAUUGGUCAACUAUACUACUGAAUUCAGCAUCUUCUUCUAAGGUACUUACUGAAAAAACCCUAACUUCAACUUCACCACCAACAUCAGAAAUCCUAACAAUUCGGAAAUCCUUGUUAUCUCGUGAAAGAAAGGCAGUAGAAAUAGCAGAAGAGUAUUUGAAUAGAUUGAGACUUACUGAACCUACAAUUAAGAGUUUCUUACACGUUUCAGAAAAUGUAAUGAAAGAAGCUCAAGAAAUUGAUUUGAAAAUUGAAAGAAAUGAAGAAUUAGGUGUUUUAGCUGGGGUUUUGAUUGGUGUUAAAGAUAAUAUAUGUACAGUUGAUAUGCCAUCAACUGGUGGGUCAAGAAUAUUACAAGAUUAUAGACCUGCUUAUGAUGCAACAGCUGUGAAGAAGUUGAAAGAAUCUGGUGCUAUUCUUGUUGGGAAAACCAAUAUGGAUGAGUUUGGUAUGGGUAGUACUACUGAAGGUUCUGGUUUUCAGGUGACAUCAAAUCCAUGGGAUGUAAGUAGGGUACCUGGAGGGUCAUCGGGAGGUUCAGCUGCUGCUGUUUCUGCAAGGCAGUGCGUGGCUGCUUUGGGUAGUGAUACUGGUGGAAGUGUUAGACAGCCAGCGUCUUUCUGUGGUGUUGUGGGAAUGAAACCAACAUAUGGUCGUGUGUCAAGAUUUGGGCUUAUGGCGUAUGCUUCAUCAUUGGAUGUUAUUGGAUGCUUUGGUUCAUCGGUUGCAGAUACCGCGAUUCUUUUAGAAGCAAUUUCUGGUCAUGAUAUAUUUGAUGCCACUAGUAGCAAACGUGAGGUCCCCAGCUUUGCAUCUCAGUUCAUCUCCACUGAAUUGUUGGAAUCCAAGCCUUUAAAGGGACUGAGGGUUGGAAUAAUCGGUGAUACUCUGGGAGAUGGUGUUGAUAAGCCAGUAGUGUCCACCAUUAACGCUGCUGCCUCGCAUCUGGAAGAAUUGGGAUGUACAGUAUCUGAGGUUUCUUUACCCUCCUUUUCUCUCGGAUUACCGGCUUACUACAUUCUAGCUUCAUCUGAAUCAUCUUCAAACUUAUCCCGUUAUGAUGGUGUAAGGUACGGAAACCAAGCUGCAGCAGAAGAGCUUAAUUCUCUUUAUAGUGAUUCUAGAUGUAAUGGGUUUGGUCCUGAGGUCAAAAUGAGGAUUUUGAUGGGAACAUAUGCUCUCUCCGCUGGUUAUUAUGAUGCUUAUUACAAAAGGGCACAACAGGUAAGGACUUUGGUUCAGAAAAGCUUCAAGGACGCGUUGAGGGAGAAUGAUAUCCUAAUUUCACCUGCAGCACCAUCAGCUGCUUAUAAGAUGGGUGAAAAGAAGAAUGAUCCAUUGGCAAUGUAUGCAGGUGACAUCAUGACUGUCAAUGUUAACCUGGCUGGGCUACCUGCGCUGGUUUUGCCAUGUGGAUUCGUUGAAGGAGGACCUGCUGGCCUCCCUAUUGGACUUCAAAUGAUUGGUGGACAGUUUGAUGAGGGGAAAUUGCUCAGAGUGGGCCACAUCUUUGAGCAAACUCUUCAAGGUUGCAGAUUUAUUCCCCCAUUGAUAGCGUAGAGCAGGGAAGGUGUAAGCUAUGGUUGUUGAUGCAGGAAGCUAAAGAAAGUAUGAGCACAUAAUGACAUUUAUCCGGUCCAGCUGUAAAUGUAAAUCAGUUCUUGCAGGACUUGACACUUUUAUCUCCUGCCAGAUUCGGCCUACACAGAGCCGUCUUAUAGACUAGGCCGGCUAGGCUAUUUGCCUAGAGCCUCAAUUGUUGGCGCCCAAAACUGUAAUUUUCCUUUAGCUUGUUUGUUUUUCUUCCCAAUAUAGGUAGUGCUGUUACAUAGUGGUCUACCACUGAUUUUGUCGAUAUUCAUACUAUAUCUAGCUGUGCACCACUUACAACUUCCUAUUGCAUCUAGCCUUUACUUUAUUUUUGUACACUUUUAUGUAAGAAAACCAGAAUUCACUGUAUUAAGCAUUUCUCUUCAAAGAUAUUGUCCUUCCUAGUGAAUUCA